UUUGUUAUUUGUCUACAUGAAUGAUUUGUUUUUCGAUUCCUGACAUCGAAUAUCUCAUUUCUUUAUGAAAUUAAACGCUGUUCUCAAUCCCAGAUCACAAGAUUUGAAUGGUUUAUUCUUCUCAACUUUGAGAAGAAUAAACUUGGGUUUUUGGUUCAUUUUGUUGAUUUUCUUCGACUAAAUCGGUAUAAUCUUUAAAACCCAUUUGAGAUUCUGGGUUUGAAUAGUGUAUCCAUCUCAUCAUUCUGUUCAUGUCGCCGGAGAUUUUACACGAAAGUGUUGGCAUUUCCUAUGGUUCAUGUAUUUCGCUCGCCACGUGUUUGAUGAAAUGCCUGAAUAGCCACGCCGGUGUUAAUCUAAUUUCCUGUCCCUGAAAUAUAUAAUGUUUAUAUUCGUAUGGUUUACAGAGGUUGGUUCUUUUUACACCGUUUUGAUCAGAACCUGUAUCAAGGUUUUUAUUUAGUUCAGUUCCGAGACUGCUGGAACUGUUUUCAAUCGAUUUGACUUUGGUUUAGUGGUGAUAAAGAAACAGUAGUGUCUGGAAAGCGUGCUUCUUUGUAACUCGGGGGUAAUAUGUCGUGGACCUUUUACUUGGUUCAUCAAACCUUGGAAUUAGGCUUUUGAUAUUUGAAUUUGACAUUUUUGUUAAUUGCCAUAUAAAUUUGUGAGUUUAUUUAUAAAUAAUUUAAAUAAAAUACCACAUUCUUUAUCAAGGUGGAAUUCAUUGAUGGUCGUAUUAUUCAUUACUGGAUUUGUUGCCAGAAUUUUUUUGUGGGUUUUUUACCCAGUAAAAAUUUUAAAUUAAAAAUUUAGAAAUUUUUAUAUUGGAAAAGGAUUUCGCUGAAAGUGGAGAUCGCAUACUCUCGAAGAAACAGUAAUCUCUCUCCCUCUCUCUCUCCUGGAAGCUACUGAGUUGGAAUCGGCGGCAACUGAGUCGAAACCCCGGCGACUGUUUGUUUUGUUAGAAUUUUGAUGUGAAAGUGAUAAGGCGUUUUCGGCUUCAUGGAUCCGGGUGGGAUGAUGAACGGAGGAGGACCGUGCAACACGUCGGAGAUCUGGCAGUUUCCGAGAAACGGAGCUCCGCCGAUGAAUUCGUCGAUAAGAGGAGAUGGUGUUCCGUUCGAUGGACCCAAUCUGGCGCAGCAGUUCGCCGGCUCGAAUCCUAACGGCACCACCACAUGCGGCGGCGGUCCGGCGCGUUUGAGAAACGCGCUUCCGCCUCAGGCGAGGGUCGCGAGAAAGCGGCGGGAGGCGACGGAGGACGAGGCGGCUAAGGUCGUCUCCACCAGCAACGGCAAUGGCGCGGUCGGAGUUUGUUGGCAGAAGGAUGAUGAUAGUAAGAGGCAGAAGACGGGACGAUGUGGAGAUGUAGGGCAUGGCUGGAAAACUGAAGAAGAAACAGCAGGUAAAGGCGUGGAGGAAAAGAAGCAGACUGCUGAAUCCCCGAAAGAUUAUAUUCACGUGCGAGCCAGGAGAGGUCAAGCUACCGAUAGCCACAGUCUAGCUGAGAGGGCAAGAAGAGAAAAAAUAAGCGAGAGGAUGAAAAUCUUGCAAGAUCUUGUUCCGGGUUGUAACAAGGUUUUUGGAAAAGCACUCGUUCUUGAUGAGAUUAUCAAUUAUAUACAAUCGUUGCAACGUCAAGUUGAGUUCUUAUCAAUGAAGCUCGAAGCAGUUAACUCGAGAAUAGCCCCUGGUUUAGACGUACUCCCACCAAAAGAGUUAGCUCAGCAACAGUUUGAAAGCUCGGGAUUGCGGUCUGGCUUGCAACCUCCAAGAGAUUACAGCAGGGGAGAAUCACCGGAGUGGUUGCACUUGCACAUGCAGUUAGGAGGAGGUUUCGAAAGAACAUCUUAAGGAGGAAGAAGAAGAAGAACACGUCGCAGGUAAAGAAAGGCUUCCAUCUUCGACGAAAAGAAGCAUACGUAUAUGUAUCGAUAUAAUAGAUAAAUAUUAGUAUACAGGUCUAUUGCUACAACAAAAGGAACAAAAAACCCAAAGAUUGUGUUCAUAGUUUGGAACUCAAGCAAAGAGAACUGAACUGAACUGAAGCUGUCUGAAAGGAUUUGGUGAACGAAAGCUGAAACUUGGGGGGAAAAUAAGAGAUUCUCUUAUUCUUACAAGGAAUAAAAUAUGGCAACCACUUUUGUCAAA